GGUCACGUGACAAUUGUAUUCAGCUGCGAGUCAAUUUACAAGGCGAAGGAAUCAAAACAAAGUGUAUUUCUAAUAUUCCACGCUCUUCGGCAGAAUACACACUUCAGAAUGGCUUGAGCCCAUGAAAGAAGCGCCGUAUUUGUCAGAGGAAGCAAGACUUUAAAGUCAUGAAGAAAUUUAAGCGAGCGUUUUCCUUUUCUGAGGCUAGCCGUGAAAGGCACUUUGACAUUACUGAGACAAUUCAAGAACAUACAGAACACUAUGUAGCAGAUGCCAACAGCCAAAAUGGACACAAAAAUAGGGGGUUUCAAUCAGCAUAUUUGUAUGGAAAAUCUGAAGACAAUAUCAGUGCAUCAGCUGAUCAGGUAUCACCAUCAUUCAGGACAAGAUAUCCAAGGCAACGAUCGAAAACGGAGAGCAGGGGCAAGUUAACAAAAAGGUUGUCAUUACCAUCGCUUGAUUUUUCAAAUGGUGUUUCACCUAAAUCGAAGCAUAAAAAUAAAAUGGUUAGUCCACCUCUGCAAGAGAAAAUGUCAAGGACAGAAAGACGUUUGUCACUGUCUGAAAUUGGCUUUGGUAAAAGUGAGACUUACACUAAAUUGGAUAAAUUAGGAGAGGGAACAUAUGCAACAGUCUUUAAAGGAAAAAGCAGACUGUCUGAUGUGAUUGUUGCAUUAAAAGAAAUUCGUCUGGAACAUGAAGAGGGUGCACCAUGCACAGCAAUAAGAGAAGUCUCACUCCUGAAAGAUCUGAAGCAUGCCAACAUUGUUACACUUCACGAUACCGUACAUACACCAAAUGCUCUAACUCUGGUCUUUGAAUAUCUGGAGCGUGAUUUGAAAUCUUACAUGGAUGAAUGUGGUGGUAUUUUAAGUAUGACAAAUGUCAGGUUAUUCUUAUUUCAAUUACUGCGUGGUUUGGACUACUGUCAUAAUAGAAAAGUAUUGCACAGAGAUCUAAAACCUCAAAACUUGCUCAUCAACGAGAAGGGUGAACUAAAACUAGCUGAUUUUGGUCUUGCAAGAGCAAAGUCAGUGCCAACUAAAACAUAUUCUAAUGAGGUCGUUACAUUAUGGUAUCGGCCUCCGGAUGUCUUAUUAGGAUCAACUGUAUAUAAUAUGUCUAUCGAUAUGUGGGGUGUAGGAUGUAUUUUUUUUGAAAUGGCCACUGGUAGGCCCAUGUUUCCUGGCGGAACUGUAGAUGAACAGCUGCACCUCAUUUUUAAACUUUUAGGAUGUCCAAACGAAAAAGUUUGGCCGGGUAUAUCCAAUAAUACCAAUUUUAAUGAAGGAAAUUUUCCAAAAUUUUCAGCACAACCAUUAAUCAAUCAUGCCCCAAGACUGGAUGGUGAUGGGCUUAAUCUAUUAUCAGGAUUUCUAGAGUACAUCGCAACAAACAGAAAAUCAGCGGGCAUUGCAAUGAAACAUCCUUAUUUUAGAUCAUUAGGAGCAGGAAUAGGGCAAUUGAAGGAUGAUCAAUCACUAUUCACCUUGGACGGCAUUAAACUUGCGAAGGAUCCUGGGACUGGAAAUAGAGGUCGAUCAACGUCAAUGGGAAAGAGGCGGCAGAGUAUGUUGUUCUAAGAAAUUGGUCGUAGUAUAAAUGGGCAGGGAAGUAUAUAUACUUAUAUGUCCAAUUUUUAAAAUGAAUAUAAAUGUUCUAUAAAAUUUGCACAUAGAAAUUAACGAAGUGUCGUUUUGUAGCUUAGCAAACGUUGGUUCAGUUCGAUAGGUUAUCAAAUAAUUUUUUUUGCAAAUGACGUCACUGCAUAGGAUCUGCCAUCCUUUUCUCUUUAUCUUUUUAUCUACUCAACAAAAUCUUCUUCAGACCCUCUUUAGGAUCAGGGUUUAUCUUAAUCCUUCUGAGCAUAGCUUGCAGUCGCGGUAAUUGAAGCGUUCCAAAAUGUAUCGAAUUUGAUUGGCUCCACAAAACUAACGAGCCAAUCAAACUUCGUGUAACAUCGGACAUUCCGCGUUGACGUCAUUAUGAAAAAGGUCUAUUUGCUCAAAUUUAUCAGUACUAGCGGGCUUACAGGAUUAAUCAAAUACUUUUAGUAAACUCCUUGAAGAACGCUUUACAUCCUGUAACUGUAUUUUCGCUGACCAAUAAUUUCUUUGCCUUUUAUUUGAACAAUUCUUAAUGGCUUCAUUGGCCUAUCAAAUUUCAAUUUGUUUCUUUGACCAUCGUGAUUGGUCGGUCAAUAAACAUGAAGUAAAGAGUUUCUCCAGGAGUUUCCCGGAAUAUUUAGCGAAUUCCGUAAAUAUAAGUGCGAUUUUUGGAACGCUUUAUUGGCGCGGCGGUGAACAUCAAGCGUGCAAGAGACGUCGCUUGCAUCAUAUUAUAUAUAUAGCGUCUAACACUAGUUACCAACCUCUCCUUGGAGAAAAAAGAAAACAUGUUAAUAGAUACUUCGUGAAGAAAAAAUUCUUGAGAAUGAAUGUACAUUGAUAGUUGAAUAACAAUAUGUAUUCUAUAGUGUACAUAAUAUACAUAGAUAUAUGAAGUAUCCUGAAAUAGAACAUAAAAAUAAAAUUUUAUAUUCAAAGCUUAGCUCAGCAAUGAACAUUAUAAAAAGUUCAGAUAUUUUAAAUUCCGUUAAAGCGACGCUGUUUGAUAGUCUUUAAAUACUUUAAUAAUUUAAAAUACCCGAAUUUGAGGGUCAACUUACCCCGCAAGUGGCGUCCGUUAGCGGUAGGGUUGCUGGAGACGGAGUACCCGGGGAUACGCAGAGGUGGGAUAAGAAAUUAUACCAAUGUUGAAGAAGUGACUUACUUUGUUACUUUUCAACAAUAAUUAGUGACAAAUUCAGUCAAUCAGAAUUGUGUAUUUUGGAGUUAACGUCUAACUUGUGUACUCUAACCACCUCGUAUUGGUUCGUAUUGGUAUUCUAAGUGCUCAAAACUUAUUAAAUGAGAGAUCUCAGUGGUUAGGAUCCCACAUCGGUACUUCCACUUGAAUAAGAGCUUGACUGCCACUUGACUAGACCUUGACUUUCAGUGUUUUCUUUGAAAACUUCCCAUUGACUAAGAAAGAACUUUCACGUCGAUCAGUAAUAACAGAAUUUGUUAGACACGCUGUCACACUAAAAAAGUGUCAGUGAGCUUCUUGAAACUUUUACCCCGUGGCCCGAGCAGGCAAAAGAUGGUGUAUGUUUACACUCGAGAUGUUGGGAAAAUUGCUCUUUUAUCAAAGAAAAUUUAGAAGACUCCCAACUAAAAUACUCCCACUCUAAAAGCAAUUAGAACUAAUUGAGAUGUUUCAAUUGAACCUGUCCUUGCUCCUUUGACUGGCGAGGUUCUUUCAUUCAGUGCUAACUCAGCCGUUGACGCCAGUGUGGACAUUGCUGCGAGAGGUUUCUGGCAGAGAUGUGAAAAGGCAUUUUUUUAUGUAAGGGUGUUUAACCCAUACGCCUCAACACAUCGACGCCUGACGUUGAGCAGCUCGUUUAAAGCCAACGAACGGGAAAAGAAGCGACAUAACCGACAUUACAACGGAUUGUUGAAUUGGCUCCUUCACACCGGUUGUCUUCAGCGCCUUUGGCGGAUGCGGAAGAGAGACCCAACAUUUUCUCUCCUUCCUGGGUGUGAAGCUGGCUGACAAGAAGAAUCACUCUCCAUCUAUGGUGGUUUGUAGCUGGUUACGACGAAAGAUCGCCUGUGCUUUGCUUAGAGCUCGCGUGGUGUUCGUAGCAGUCGAAGUUGGAGGACUGCGUCCAUCACAUCGACUAAUGACAUUACGUUGUCUGAAUGGAACUCAAACAUUAGCGAGUAGUCUAGUUAAGUUGUUUUGUAAAUAGUAUGUAGAACUAUUAACUUAGUCUGUAGAACUUAGUUUUAAUGCAUGAUCGAU